UCGGUGCAGUACCUCUAGCCGCCAGCGGAGGCCGCUUGUCCUCGGUGUUUCCCAGCACUUGCGGCCGCGAUGGGUGAGACGGAGGCCGGGGAUAAUGCCGCGGAGAGACCGGAUCCGGCCCCCGAACCCACCGCCGAGGAGCCGGUGCUGUGGAGCCCCGAGGUCGAGGUGUGUCUAUUCCACGCCAUGCUCGGCCACAAACCGGUCGGUGUGAAUCGGCAUUUUCACAUGAUCUGUAUCCGGGACAAGUUCAGCCAGAACAUCGGGCGCCAGAUCUCAUCCAAGGUGAUUUGGGAUCAUCUGCGCAGUAUGUACGACAUGCAGGCUCUGCAUGAAUCUGAGAUUCUCCCUUUUCCAAAUUCGGAAAAGAACUUUAUUCUCCCUGAGGACAUAAUCCAGGAGGUGAAAGAAGGUAAAGUGACAUCAGAGGAAGAAAUUAAAGAGGAAAUAAAGGAAGAGGUGGAUCUGCACAUAGGCUCCGAUGAAGCUUUCACCAAUUCCUCUGGAAAUACAGCAAAAGGUACAGACAAACCAAGCGUCAAAGAGAAGGAAAGAACGUUGUCUGAAUCGGGCGCCAAGGAAUCCGGGGACAAGAGGAAAAGGAGCCGACUGACGGAGAAAGUCCUAAAUGCCAACAGCAACCCAUCCAGCCCAAACGCCAACAAGAGGAGGCGCACAUAGUGUGUCAUGUGAUGGCUGCGAUGGGCUUGUGUAUGGUCUCUCUGGGUUUCCAGUGUUCUACUCAAACAAAAAUCUCAGGUUCUUGGUGAUAGCAAGCAGUCUGAGCAAGUUGGCUGUCUCCAUGGCGAUGUAGUAAAUCUCACGGCACGCAGUUUUCAAUGAGGUGCUCUGGCUGCACCUGCAAUCCUUGUGGUCAUGAUUUUUAAUGAGCCUGUUUUAUGAAUGUGCUAAUUGUCUGUGCCAGGCACUGGGAGUCAGGGGCGGUUGGAUGAGAUUUCACCCUGCGAGAUGUGUUGUACCCUAGCAUAGCAUGUAGAACGUGUAUCAUGGCUGCUCUGUCCACGCGUGACUUGCCACGUUACAGUCAGUUUCCUCGGCACGGUCAUUGCUAUGGAAGUGUUUACAGGGAUGGAUUGUGUCCUUUACAUUCAGGGGAGUGUUGUUGAAACAAGAUGUGACAUAAACUCACGUAAAUACAAGCCUGGGCAUUCCUCCAACAGUGCUGUCUGUCUGUAUGCCAUACCUAAACUGGCACUCAUACUAUGUAACUGAAAAUUCAAGAGAAGUAAAAGCACAAUCCAUGGGUAACGUCUAGUUAGCUAUUAACUUGUUCCAAUUCACUACGAAACCUGUAUGUGAGCAUUUUACAUUGCGACCUGUUUGUUGCAACUUGUUAUUUAAUUCUGUUUUUAAUGAUAUUUUAAGCUUUUGUACAUAAAGUGUUGUUCUACUCCA